UUUACUAUACACACAGUAACAAAACAAUGCUGUAAAUAUUUAAUAUUGACCUCUUAGUGGUCUUUCAUCUAUCCUAAUUGUGUCCUAUGGUCUUAAAAAUGACAACUGUCGUCAGAAUUUCUCCACUUGGUAUUUUUUUUUGCGUGUGUGGUGGAUUUGUAUUACUGUUUACUUUGAAGAAUUUCAUGUUUAAUGAUCGCCCAUUUCUAGAAUUGUAUAUGGGUGAAAAAAUACCAAUAAAACGAUUAUUGGAGACGUCAAUAUAUUUAGCUGAAAGAGGAGGAAAAGUUCUCAAAGAUAUUCGGGAGAAAAGUGACUUACAGGCUCGCAGCAAAGGUCAAACUUUAGAAGGUGCAAAUGACCCACUGACAGCAGGUGAUAUAGAGUCUCACAAGGCCAUGGUUUAUGGUUUCCGUUAUCUGUUUCCGUUAUUAACUGUGGUGUCAGAGGAACAUGACAAUGGUGAUACACAAAAGCAAUAUGAUGAAAUCAAUAUCUCAGAUAUUUUGAAUAUUGGUGAUGAUCUUUAUAGCAAGGAGAAAGAAGAAGUGUCAGCAGAUGAUGUUUUAAUUUGGGUGGAUCCAUUGGAUGCAACACAAGAGUACACUGAGAAUUUAACUCAGUAUGUUACAACUAUGGUGUGUAUUGUUGUAAAAGGAAUUCCAAUAGCUGGUGUUAUUCAUCAACCAUUCUUAAAGAAAACAUAUUGGGCUUGGACAAACCAUGGUCACUCUAAAUUUCUUUCUAAACCACCAGUAAAAGAAGCCUCAUUUCAAAACCCAAGAAUAAUUGUUUCAAGAUCUCAUGCUGGUCCAGUUAAUAAAACAGCUAAAUCAGCUUUUGGUAAAGAUGUAAAAAUUAUCCCAGCUGGUGGAGCUGGAUUUAAAGUUUUAUCAUUAUUUAAUAACAUUGCUGAUGCUUAUGUCCACAAGACAUUGAUUAAAAGAUGGGAUAUUUGUGCUGGAGAUGCAAUUCUUCGCUCAUUUGGAGGCAAAAUGACCAAACUUAAUGGUGCUGACAUAAAUUAUGGUGACCAAUUUAACGUAAAAAAUAGUGGUGGUAUUUUAGCAACAUUGAGUAAUCAUGAACAAUUCCUUGACAAGCUCUCAACAUUAACAACAUAAAGUGCAGAUCUGAAACUUCAGUGAGAAGUAUUUAAAAACAUUCAAUGCUGUUUCAGACUAUUAACAUAUUCAUGAAAACUGAAUAUAUUUCCCCUUAUUAUGUUCAAAACUGUUAUUUGUACAGUAAUAACUUGGAAAGGAAAGAACAUUUCAGUUGUCAUUGCAACUGCAAUAAAUGAAGUAUUGAUGAAAGAUUACAACCAGUCACCACAAAGCCUCACCAAUCAACUCAAUCGUUGAUUCAAAGACAGCCCAAAUUUGCAUGGUCUGGUUUAUUGUCUACUUUAUAACAUUAUAGUUUACUUUAUUGCACUAUAAUGUACCCUAUAUUGACAAAUUUCCAAAAAAAUUCUCCUGUUCAAACCAUCACGCAAAUUUGGGCAGCUAUGCUUUUCAAUGAUGCGCUAUAGAAUUAAAACUGUCUAGGUAAUGAUUUUAUGCAAUAUAGCGUAUCAAAACUUUAUUGCAACAACAGUAAAAAAUCUCUCCUUUGAACAGCAUUUUCCUCCCAUAUUCUUAAAUUAAAUACUUAUUUAACUGAAAUGACGUAUGUAAUGUUUUAUAAAAAAAUGGCAACAAUGGCAACUUGUAUGAUACAAUUACAAGACGUUG